ACCAGCAAUAAAAUAAAAUAAAAAAUUGUACCCAUCAAAUCUCUCAAUCACUCUCAUUUCUCGAUUCAUCUCAUUGCUCUGCAUUGCAACACUCACACACCAAUGGCACUCAGACCCAUCGACAACGCUCUUCCGACAACAACCCCAGAGAGACCCAAAAAACAACCUAAAAUCGCUGUUGCAACCCAAAAACAACAAGAUCGUGCUUCCGUCAACGGCGAAAACGUAGUUCCAUUGCCAUCAUCUGAGGAUGCCACUGUUGACUAUGUCUCCUCCGACAACCUUAAACCCUUGGCGGACCCCGAAGUUAAGAUUCAGAGUUUGGUGGAAGAUUUGGAUUCGAAAAAUUGGAUCAAGGUUUGUGAAUCGUUGAAUGAUGUUAGGCGCUUCUCGUUACUCCACUCCUCUCUUCUAUUCCCAAUCUUGGGUAAAAUUGUGUUGGUGGUGGCGAAGACAAUGAGGAACCCUCGUAGUGCUCUUUGCAAAACUGCUAUUAUGGCUGCUGCUGAUAUUUUCAGUGCAUUUGGUGACAAGCUGCUUGAACCAGAGACCUCUGAUGCAUUUGAUGGCUUGCUGCUACAGCUGCUGCUGAAGGCAUCCCAAGAUAAAAGGUUUGUGUGUGAAGAAGCUGAUAGAGCACUUGGCAUAAUGGUGGGCUCCAUGACCCCUCUUCCACUGCUUAAGAAACUGAGGGUAUAUGUGAGUCACAAAAACCUUAGGGUCAGGGCUAAGGCUGCUGUUUCUCUCUCCAACUGUGUCUCCAAGAUGGGGCUUGAAGAAAUGGAGCAGUUUGGUUUGGCUGAACUGAUUGAAGUGGCGGCGGAUUUACUGAAUGAUAGACUUCCUGAGGCAAGAGAUGCGGCACGAAGUAUUGCAACUUCGAUGUACAAGGCACUGACAAAGGACUCGGAAGAGAUGAUGGAAUUGUGGCAGAGCUUCUGCCAAUCCAAGUUGCCACCAAUCCAUGCUCUUUCAAUUUUGAAAAUAGUUAAGCCCUAAAAUGGAGGAGUGUUUUUGUUGUGAAGUCCCACCCCUAGUCAUAUACCUCAAGGCAAGGGUUUAGAAAUUUAGUUUUAUUUGUUGAAACAUGGUUCUUCAUGAGUAGCAAUAUUUGAAAUAUAACAUUUCAUGUGUUUAGUUUGUUCUAGUACUGUAUAAUCUCCUUUUAUAACAGUGUGUUAUUUAUCAUUCAGUGAUUUCACAAAGCAAAUGCUCAGUUUU